GUAGUAAUUAAGCACGUGAGCAGGGAUCCCACGCCCCACAGCAUGAGGAGAUGUUAUUUUAAGCGCAGCAAUAACAAAUAAGGUGUGGACGGAGCAUGUCGGAGUUCACUGAAAAGGAGAAACACCACCCGAUCAGACUACGAUCUCUAAAAAACGAACAGAUAUUUACUGUCCCCCAGCAGGAUCGGCUCGGGAACUGCAGGAGCGUCAAGGAGUUUGAGAAACUAAACCGAAUCGGAGAAGGGACCUAUGGAAUCGUCUAUCGAGCCCGGGACACAAAAAGCGGUGAGAUUGUUGCCCUAAAGAAAGUGCGAAUGGACAAGGAGAAAGAUGGAAUCCCCAUCAGCAGUCUCAGAGAGAUAAACCUGCUGCUCAAAUUGAGGCACCCCAAUAUUGUGGAGCUGAAGGAGGUGGUAGUAGGAAAUCACCUGGAAAGUAUUUUUCUGGUGAUGGGAUACUGUGAACAAGACCUUGCCAGCCUUUUAGAAAAUAUGCAGUCACCAUUCUCAGAGGCUCAGGUGAAGUGUAUCAUUCUACAGCUUUUAAAGGGGCUCCAUUACCUGCAUGAAAACUUCAUUGUGCACAGGGAUCUUAAAGUGUCCAACUUGCUAAUGACUGACAAAGGCUGUUUAAAGAUCGCUGAUUUCGGACUGGCCAGAGCCUACGGUGUGCCUCUGAAACCAAUGACCCCGAAGGUGGUUACAUUAUGGUACAGAGCCCCUGAACUUCUGUUGGGAACAAAAACACAAACCACUGCUAUAGAUAUGUGGGCAGUGGGAUGCAUUCUGGCCGAAUUACUGGCCCAUAAGCCUUUGCUUCCUGGAGGUUCAGAGAUUCAGCAGAUUGACCUAAUAAUUCAGUUGCUGGGGGCACCCAAUGAGAACAUAUGGCCGGGUUUCUCCAAGCUCCCACUGGCUGGUCAGUACUCCCUGAGGAAACAACCCUACAACAACCUCAAAAACAAGUUCACCUGGCUGUCUGAGGCGGGACUCCGGCUGCUCAAUUUCCUCUUUAUGUACAAUCCCAAGCGGAGGGCCACUGCAGAGGAUAGUUUAGAGAGUUCCUACUUCAAAGAAAAGCCCCUGCCCUGUGAACCAGAACUGAUGCCUACCUUCCCUCACCACCGGAACAAGCGAGCUGCGGGGGGCUCCGAGAUCCAAUCAAAACGCAUCAAAGUCUGAUCCCAGGAAACAGCCCUCUGGCAGUAUUUGCGUGUGAGCACAUUGAGGUUCCACACAGAGCUGCUGCUGCUCGGUGUACAUCCUUCCUCGCAAGGCUUUGCAAUUCUGUGAAAAAAAUAUUGCGUUACACUGCAUUCCAGCUUCUGCUUCUCUUGGGCAUGAAAAUCUAGAUCUGAUAAGAUACACCAAACAGAUACUUCUACAAUUUCAAAACAUCAGAAAGAAAUCUACUGUUAAGGAUUACCAUAAAAACAAAAAUCAAUGAUACAUUCCAAGAACCCACUUUAUUGAGAUUGCUAUAGUAUUGCUUACAGUGUCAUAAUAAAUGUAACUUUGAAACAAAAAAAUGAUUAAAGCCGCAAACACCAAAGCAUGUAUUAAAAAUCAGAUACUGCUACAAGUAUAUUUUUGUAUAUUUACUUUGGGUCUUGUAAAUAAAAGCAAUUUUUUAACAAUUACAACAAAAAA